UGACAACAAAUAUGGCGGAGAGGAGCAGGACGGCAGAGACGGCAGGCAGUGCCAUGGGAAGUGAUGAUAUCAUAGCAGGGAACGUGAGCAAGUACAUUGUUCUCCCAGCUGGUUACUGUGGACAGCCCAAAAAAGGACAUCUUAUAUUUGAUGCCUGUUUUGAAAGUGGGAACCUUGGCCGGGUGGAUCACGUCACAGAGUUUGAGUAUGACCUCUUCAUCAGGCCAGACACCUGCAACCCACGCUUCCGAGUCUGGUUCAACUUCACUGUGGAAAACGUGAAGGAAUCACAGAGAGUAAUUUUCAAUGUUGUUAACUUCAGUAAAACAAAAAGCCUCUACAGAGAUGGGAUGGCUCCAAUGGUGAAAUCCACAAGCAGACCGAAAUGGCAAAGAAUCCCCUCCAAAAACGUGUAUUACUACCGCUGCCCAGACCACAGGAAGAACUAUGUGAUGUCCUUUGCUUUCUGCUUCGACCGAGAGGAUGACACUUACCAGUUUGCCUACUGCUACCCCUACACCUACACUCGCCUUCAGCACUACCUGGACAACCUCCAGAGGAGGAACAUGGACUACUUCUGCAGGGAAUUGCUGGGGCUCAGCGUGCAGAAACGGCGGCUUGACCUCCUGACAAUAACCAGCCCUGCAAACCUGCGUCCAGGGGCUGAACAGAAAGUGGUGUUCAUCACAGCACGGGUCCAUCCUGGGGAAACACCCUCUUCCUUCGUCUGCCAAGGUAUAAUUGAUUUCCUUGUGAGCCACCAUCCAAUUGCAAAAGUACUGAGAGACCACCUGGUGUUCAAGAUUGCUCCCAUGCUCAAUCCUGAUGGAGUUUACCUAGGAAAUUACAGGUGCUCCCUGCUGGGGUUCGAUCUGAACCGGCACUGGGCCAACCCCUCUCCGUGGGCUCACCCCACCCUGCACGGAGUGAAGGAGCUCAUCAUCGACAUGUACAACAACCCGAAGAUUAACCUGGAGUUCUAUAUCGACAUCCAUGCCCACUCCACCAUGAUGAAUGGCUUCAUGUAUGGGAACAUCUUUGAGGAUGAGGAAAGAUUUCAGAGACAGGCUGUUUUUCCCAAGCUACUCUGUCAGAAUGCUGAAGACUUCUCUUAUUCCAGCACGUCGUUCAACAGGGACGCUGUGAAAGCUGGGACAGGCCGGCGCUUCCUGGGAGGGCUCCUAAAUGACACAUCCUACUGCUACACUCUGGAGGUCUCCUUCUACAGCUACAUCCUGGCUGGAGCUGCUCCUGCUGUGCCCUACACGGAGGAAGCCUAUAUGAAGCUUGGAAGAAAUGUGGCCAGGACAUUCUUGGAUUACUACAGGCUGAACUCCUUGGUGGAAGGACCACUAGCACCUACUCCUAAAACUCGGUAG